AUGGAUGAGAUCCACAACGCGGCGGAGGGCCUCGAUCUGGGAGUCCUUCCACAGACCAUGGUCUUGGCGUGUGAUGCGACCUUCGGGAGGAACGCAGUGGCUUCGAUAGUCAAGAAACCUGGUCCUCUUUGCGAGAUGGAGCCCAUGGCUAGAGUCCAGGUCACCCUUCAUCCUCAUGCUAUCUUGACGGCACCAACAUACUUCAAUUCGAUUUCAAGAUUUGAGUCCUCGAACACCGUUCUCUUGGAAAAGUUUCUGCGCUAUAGCUCUAUCACUCUGCGGAUCGGCGGCCAGUCCUGCAAGAACAUCCUGGUUCGGCGUGGAGUAGGCACUAUCGGGGAAGGUCGGUUUUCCAGAGAUCGACUCGUCAUGUUGAUUACUCACUGGUGGAAUCUAUGA